AUGGCCGACCGCCAGCUCAUCCAGAUCCUGACGCAGCUGCGCUCCAGCCCCGCGUCGACGAGCUACGCCGACGCCGCCAAGCUCCUCUCCAAGGCCAAGCUGCUCCUCCUGCAGCUCGGCGCCCUGACCCCGACCCCCUCGGCGCCGCAGCAGCUCCUCGCCCUCGCCCGCGAGACCUACGAGCAGGGCGCCCUCUGCAGCAUCCGCGCCCGCAACCCCGAGGCCUUCACCCGCUACGUCGCCCAGCUCGCGCCCUUCUACGAGCUGCCCGCCUCGGCCCUGCCGCCCAACCUGCCCGAGCGCAACCGCGUCACGGGCCUCUACCUGCUGCUGCUGCUGACGCAGGGCCGCUACGACGAGUUCCACACCGAGCUCGAGUCGCUCGGCACCCGCGAGGGCGGCGGCGGCUCCGUCGACGUCGAGGGCGACCGCUACCUCGGCUACCCGAUCCGGCUCGAGCGGUGGCUGAUGGAGGGGAGCUACGACCGCGUGUGGAAGGCCAUGAAGCAGGGCGAGGUGCCCUGCGAGGAGUACGGCGUCUUUUCAGAGAUCCUCACCUCCCAAAUCCGCUCCGAGAUCGCCUCCAGCAGCGAGCGCGCCUACCCCUCCCUCCCCCUGAGCUCCACCAAGUCCCUCCUCUUCCUCGAGUCCGAGGGCGCCGUCGUCGACUUUGCCCAGUCGCGCGGCUGGCAGAUCCGCGACGGCCAGAUAUUCUUCCCCCCGGCGGCGGCUGCGGCUGCGGCGGCGGCGGCGGCGGAGAAGGACGCAGAGGGCGGCGGCGUCGGCGCGGCGGAGAAGGAAAUGAGCCAGAUGGUCAUCGAGAACACGCUCGGCUACGCGAGGGAGCUGGAGACCAUCGUCUAA